AGCUGACAUGUUAAUGUACUUGAAAGAAGUGUUGUGAGAUAUAUACAUUGAACCAAGCUAUACAUGUACGCUUUAAAGGUUAGAAAAUAAGAAAAAGUAGAAAGAAAAAGGGGAGAGAGAGAGAGAGACUCAUUCAUAUAUAUAAAGGAUUCACAACGGGAGAGAGAGGGAAAAUAAAAGAAAAUGGGAAGAGGGAGAGUGGAGUUGAAGAGGAUAGAGAACAAGAUCAAUAGGCAAGUGACGUUUGCAAAGAGAAGGAAUGGCCUUUUGAAGAAAGCAUACGAGCUUUCCGUUCUAUGUGAUGCAGAGGUUGCUCUCAUCAUCUUCUCUAGUAGAGGAAAACAGUACGAGUUUUGCAGUAGUUCGAGCAUGCUUCGGACUCUAGACAGGUACCAAAAGUGCAACUAUGGAGCUCCAGAGCCCAAUGUGCCUUCAAGAGAGGCCUUAGCAGUUGAACUUAAUAGCCAGCAGGAGUAUCUCAAGCUUAAGGAGCGUUACGAUGCCUUACAGAGAACUCAGAGGAAUCUAUUGGGAGAAGAUCUUGGACCUCUUAGUACAAAAGAGCUUGAGUCACUUGAGAGACAGCUUGAUUCUUCUUUGAAGCAGAUCAGAGCUCUCCGGACACAGUUCAUGCUAGACCAGCUCAAUGAUCUUCAGAGUAAGGAACGCAUGCUGGCUGAGACAAAUAAAACUCUAAGGCUAAGGUUGGCCGAUGGAUAUCAGAUGCCACUCCAACUCAACCCGAACCCAGAAGAUCAUCACCAUGUUGACUACGGUCGUCAUCAACAACAUGAACAUUCUCAUCAAGCUUUCUUCCAGCCUUUGGAAUGCGAACCCAUUCUUCAAAUGGGCUAUCAGGGGCAGCAAGAUCAUGGAAUGGGAGCAGGACCAAGUGUGAAUAAUUACAUGUUGGGUUGGUUACCUUAUGAUACCAACUCUAUUUGAAACUUUCUUCCUUUUUUUUUUUUUCACUUUUUGACAUUUUUAUUUUCUAAAACUCUCUCCUCCGCUCUUAGGCUUCAUUAUGAUAUGCUCCUCUCUCUAUAUUCUGUCUUGUGUGCAUGUGUGUGUUAUGUUUAUUAUGUCGGUCUACAAUGAAAUAAUUUUUUCAAUAUAAUUUGCUACUUCUCAUAUGA